CAGAAAUCCAGAAGUUGUUGGUCCCAUUGUGGCUGCAGCUUGUGACAGCUGACACUCUCCAGGACGGACGGCAACCCCCACCUCCAGAUAAGUUGUGACAGCUGUAAAUAGAGGAGGGAGCUGCUAUUUUUACCUUCCAUCCAGCCAGACCCUCCUCUCUUUCUCUCUUUCUCUCUGCUCUCUCCAGGAGACGCUGCUGGCCCCUUUCUGGAUCUCUUCUUUUCUGGCCGGCUGGAGAAACUUCUGGAGGUUCAGGAGCAGCAUUAAGACCCGGAGAGAGACGGCCAGAGCUGGAGGAAGAUCAUCUGAACAGACUGUAGAGAGAAGAAGAAGUCUGAGGAAGCAUCAGGCCGACAUGGCUCUGCUGUGCUACAACAAAGGCUGUGGAGACAAAUAUGACGCUGACAAGAACAAGGAGGACUCCUGCGUCUUCCAUCCAGGUGUUCCCAUCUUCCAUGAUGCUCUGAAGGGUUGGUCCUGCUGUAAGAAAAGGACAACAGACUUCUCCGAGUUUCUCUCCAUUAAGGGCUGCACCCGCGGGCGCCACAGCAACGAGAAGCCCCAGGAGCCUCUGCGGCCGGAGGUGUCAUCAGAUAAAGGCGAGAUUAAACACACCAACGGGGAGGAGAUAAUCUACCAGGGACCCAAAUCUGCUGAGACUCUGCAGAAAGAGAGACCCAGCUCAAACGAGCCGAUGACCAAGCUGCCCCACAAAGUGUCUGCGUCGCUGGUUCAGGCGCUGGAGAAGCUGGACAUCAGCCAGAAGGCCGAGACAGAGAAGAAAGAGAGUCAGGCUGUCUUACCCGGGACCCGCUGCAAGAACUCAGGGUGCAAAACAAUCUAUCAGGGCCAGGAGACGGAGCUGGAAGUCUGCACCCACCACCCCGGAGGACCCGUCUUCCACGAGGGGUAUAAGUACUGGAGCUGCUGCUGCAUAAAGACAAUAGACUUUAACGCUUUCCUGGACCAGAAAGGCUGCACCACAGGAAAACACCGCUGGAUCCCAAAGCAGGACAAGAAGAAGGUGGCGUGUCGACACGACUGGCACCAGACAGGAAACAAUGUUGUCGUAACGAUUUACGCCAAGAACGCAAACCCAGAUUUUUCCUCCAUAGAGGCCAACCGGACAGUGCUCUCAUGUCAGCUCCAGUUUGAGAACGACAAGAUUUUCAAGAGAGAGUUCCACUUCUGGGGCGUGGUUAAUGUGAAGCAGAGUUCGGUCAACAUGGUCCCGUCUAAAGUGGAGAUCACUCUCCGUAAGGCGGACCAGGUGGCCUGGGGCAAACUGGAGGACCCCAACUACAAACCGGAGCCGGAGCCCGUGGAGGACUCCGUCAGCGAACCAACACAGACUUACAACCCCGACCACGACAUCGCAGACGAUGACAUCAGCGACUCGGACGAGGAGUGGGCCUACGACACGCCGGCUAACAAGAAACCAGGGGACAAGGAGACGGACGAGCAGAAGAAGAAAGAGGAAGAAAACUUAAAGACGAAGGAGGUGGAGGAGGAGAUGAAGAAGGCGAUGGAGGAGAGGAAGAGGGAGGAGGAGGAGAGGAAGAGGAGGCAGGAGGAGGAAGAAGGCUACGAAGACAUGCCGGACCUCGAGUAGCUCCACUAAGAUUUGGUCUCAUUUAGCAACAACGAUGCAAAAUAUUUUGUAAUGAGGAGAAUUAAAUGUUUAAUACUGAAAUAAUUUGAUUCCAACUCUGUUAUAGGAACCUGUACAUAUCAAACAAAACAACUAGAAUAAACUGGAUGAACUUACAAAGAAGAAAUAAAGAUUUGUUUGUUUCAAAAUGCCUGUUUUUUGUUUUGUUUUUGUUUUUUUUGUUUUUUGUGCCUGUAGAGAAAUCUACAAAGAAGAAUGCUUGAAGAAUGUUUUCAAUUUCAAUUCCACAGUUAGCUGUUUUCAAUUAUGUCAGAAUGUAAAUGCUGCAAUGAAAACUGUAUCUUUCUACAGUUAGUUAGUAGUCAACAACAUUAGCAGAUUCUUGUUAUUGUGUUGUACAGUUUGAAGCAGCAGUGUAUCCAAAUGCAACCAAUAGAUGGUGAAAUAAUUGAAAUGGGCCACAGAUGAGUUUUACGUUUUGGACAUCCUAUGCUGCUUUUCUGAAAGAUUAUACCAUAACAUGCAUCAACAGACUCUAAUAAGGCAGAUUUAUGAAUUUGAAGCAUUUUAAGAUUUUCAGAAAUAAAGAGUCAAAGAUAGCAUGGUGUUUUUUUGUCCAAUUUUUCGUCAUCCCAUAA